AUGGAUCAAGACAACAUGAAGAAAGCCUACAUUCAUGCAGGGUUAUUUACUUCCUCUGAUGACACUGAGGUGAAAAAUGAAUCAGUCAGAUCCUUGUUGAGCCGAUACGUUCGUAAAUGCCUAUGUUGGCAGUCUGGAUCUGUAUACAAUCGCAACAGAAAUCUUGUUCUUGCCAACGCCGCCUUUUCCGAAUGUCUGCUGGGGGCUGAAGAUGAAUUGGUCAUGGGCACUCCACGUGUGUUGCAGUCGGCAAUGAGACAAGAAACUACCGAAAAGAUCAAUUCAGAAAAGCGCAAAUUACUGGCUGCUUUCCUCCGCGCUUUGUAUAGCGAUUUGCUGAACGCAGGUUUCACAAACGCAAACCUUCCAAACAGAGACAAUAUGGAGACUAUGCAUUCCCUCACAGCUCCAUUGCGCGACAAUGGCAUUAAUGUAGAAAGCAUUGGUGUCGUAGACUACGUCUUCCCUCCAGAAUUUGCGAUCCACAGAGUACAAAGCUUUGCUUCAUACACGGAACAAAAGAAAGUUUUACAAUCAGCAAAACAUACAAUUGAUCGUUACAUGCGCGGCGUAUCUCACAAAAACGUUGUCAUAUGCGGAGGUCCGGGCAAUGGUAAAACGACAGUGUGUCAAGAAAUAUGCCUUUACGCAAUGUCCAGAGGAUUGAAGGGAAUAGCAACAAGCAUCGUUGCUGAUAGAAGUAAGGCACUUGGUGGGAUGCACAUCCACCUUCUAUGCGCAAUACCUAUAAGCGAUCGCCGAAACAUGUCUCCUGGUCGUACCGCGGAAGCUGCCCUUAUUAGCAUAUACCGAAGACCAGAGUUGCUGCACUUUUGGCAAGAACUUCAAUUCCUGUAUAUUGAUGAGUUUGGAGCAGUCAGUGCUGAGUUGUUAGCAACCAUGGACAUCAUUGCAAGGAGUGUGAAAGAUUCCAGCAGAUUCCUUGGUGGCAUUCUUGUGAUCUGUUCAAUGAAUAUUCAUCAGCUAAUGCCAAUUGAUGGCACGGCAUUGAUGCUGUCAAUGAAUAUGAUGACAGAAUUCCAUUUUACCGAACUAACAGAAUCCGUCCGAGCUGCCCGAGACGCAAAUCUUUGCAGACUGUGUCGGCUCACUCGCAUUUCUGAGUGGGAUGACAAUCUGAGGAAUGAAUUCAGAGAAAUUGUGACCAAAAAUUGUAACUUCGUUUCCACAUUCGAUGAUGCGCAAAUUCCCGAAGAUGGAAUAUACGUUUUUGGCCGUAGAGCGCCUUGCGAAUCUAUUGAAAAUGUGCUGGUUAAGCGUAUGGAGAAUGAACCUACGAUUACCUUGGUUAUGUCGCCUUCUGAAGACGAAGAAUCUUCCGUAGCAGGUAACUGGAAAAUCGCUUCUUCUCCUGUUGCACAGGAAUUAUCAAGAAAGCUGAAACAGAAGAAAAAACUAUAUCUGUACAAGAAAGGAAGGUACGAAUUUACUCAUAAUCUACAUGGGUCCUACCAGCAAGGCCAGCUUGCAAUACUACUUGACAUUGACGAAGGCGAUGUUGAUGCAAAACGAAACAUUGAACUGUACAAGGGUAAGCCAGGUUGUAAGGAGUUCCCACUCCUUGCAAACUUCAACCGGGAGUAUUUGAAGCUCCACGGCUGGGAACCAGUUGCAGUUCCAUUUCAAAUGUCAAAACCAAAAAGGAUUUGGGGUCGCAUUGUUGCUAGGAGAGCACAAUAUGGUAUCAGGUUGCAGAUAGCCUCUACCAUUCAUGCAAGCCAAGGAGCUACUUUUGGCAAGCUUGUAACCGCAGUUUGCAACAUUGCUCUAUACAGCGACUUGAAUUUUGCAUUAUGGGAUGCCGCUCAAGUGGUAGUUCUUCUAUCAAGAACGAGACACUGUUCCGAUGUCUUCUUUGUAGGAAGACCAGACGAAGUUGUUGCUCAUCUUCUGUCUGUCCUGGAGAUGACAUCAAAGUACAUGGCUCACAUUACUUCCAUAACGCAGCGCCUCUGCUCUCGUGACAACGCCUCUUCCAUCAUACCAGGGUCGCCACUUUUCCGACCAUGUGACAUUAUUCUCGACUGUAUACCUGCCGUAUAUCUUCUGGUUUCCACAAGGAGCUAUGGAUACCUUUAUAUAGGAGAGACCGUGGAUGUCCGAAGAAGACUAAAUGAUCAUAACUCGGGCCAGGGUAGUGGUUUUACGAACAAUGAAAGACUGCUACCAUGGGCUCUUUUCGGUUAUGUUCAUGGUCUUGUUUCCUGCAAUAAUCGCCGAAACUUUGAACAGCGGUGGAAGCGACUAGGAAUGGCUCAACGGAAUGCAGCUACAUGUUCUCCUGUUGGAAUGUUAAGAAUCGCUCAAGAGAUAACUGCAACCAUGAAUAGAUACAGGUUGCAACGAAACCAACUACAGGUCCAGCAAUGUGGUUCUUAUGAACUCGAAAUUUGUGAUUCCUUCAGAAUUAUGGAACACACAUAA